UUUGAUCCUAGGAAGUGGAGGUGACCUGUUUUCCCCGUGGAACAGGAAUGGUUAAGUCUCUUCUUCCCCCCUGGUGUUGCAUGACCCCGUGCGGGUUUAGAGCUGCUACCUGACUAUGAUAAUGUUAACGAAGAUUUGUGAUGGAGCAGGACCAUUCGUGGCCACGAAGCCGCCAAAGAUGGAACAGUGAUGGUCUGGGUUUGGGUCUGAGGGAAGGGAAUACUCAGUCUCCUAGAAGGAUGCACCAUUCAGGGUCACCUUCACACAAGUUCAGACCUAAUAGACCAGUUUGGGAUGAUACAGUACAUGACUUGGCUUCCAUGAGAUUGACUCCUGCUGAGUUAGCACGGAAACUUGCAGCUCGUCAGUCAUCUAAUAAAGUUAUAGCAAGAGCGCAACUGUUGGAGCAAAGCCGACGGACAGGUUCCUGUAGUCCAAACUUGCCACCCUCUCUAGCUGCCAGACUGCAGGCUGCUAGACAACAAAGUGUUGAUUCAUUACUGGCUCAAUCCAAUGCAACUUUAAUGGCUUCACAGAGAGUACGACACCCAGACACACUUUCUACACCAGAUUUAAAAACUCCCCAGCAACAAAGAAAACCUGAUAGAGAGGAGGAUAUAAGGUUCAGUGAAGAAGAUGCAAAACAAAAUAAUGGCUCCAUGAAAACAUCUCUGCAUGAAGAUGUUGACAGUUCUAAAAGCAAUGAGAUCAGAACCUCAGCAGUAGACACUAAAGAUGAAAGAUAUUUGACACAGAAUCGAGAGGAUAGUGCAAAUGCUUCCAUUAGUACUUUGAAGGAGUUAAAACAAAAGGAAUUCCCAGAAGAAAGACCAAAGCAUAAGACAACACCAUCAAGGUCAGCCAAGGAUGUACAUAAGCAAUUUGACACUAUUCAAGGAGCAGCAACAAGAACCAGCCUAGACCAUACAAUAACAAUGGUGGUGAACACCUGCCGAGAGCUGUGGUUGCAGCUAGAAGAGGAAAGACUCACUAGGGAAAGGCUUCAGCAGCAGCUGCAACAGCAAGGCAAUGUUAUAACUACUCUGACUGCUGAGUUGCUGCAAAUCCAGGACCAACAAGAGGCAAUCUUGCGGGAAGUGAGUGAUGCUCGUGCAUCUGGACUUUGGGAUAUUGAAGGUGAUUUAAUUGGUGGCAGUAUUGGAAGUACAGAAGGAGGAGGGGAUAACUUAGUAAAUAGCGAGACAGCUAGUGGCAGGUUAACUGGGGGUCGACUUAGCCCUCAAACAAUGACUGGCCGUCACCCUCAAAGAUCUAUACUUAGAGCAACUCGUACCAUUCCUUCACCUCAUAUACGACAAGCCACUUCAUAUCAAAUGUUCCAACAGGCAACACGAACAUACCAACUAGAUUCUCAUCUGCCAUUGUCUCAUCAGCUUCCGCCUUCACCUCGUCCUCAUCAGCCUUCAUCGAGGUCGCAUUCACAGUCGCCACAGUCUCACCAGCCGUCUUCAUGUCCAUCUGACAUAUCUUUAUCACAAGCUAGUCAUAUAGCUGGGAGGUUAGAAACACGUAGCCACAGCAGCUAUAGAAGCUCUGUUUCUCGGCAGAUUAGAAAUGCAUUGAUAAGUGACCAGAUUGCAUCAAAUUUAUCUGAGGGAAAAACACACCCCAGUCAGUUGAAUUUUGCUAAGUUGCCACAUGAGAGCUCAUCAGAUAUGAAAGCUUCAGAUAAGGAUAGGCAGACCAUAGGGGACAAGCAAGCUCUUGCAGCUGACAACAAAGAGAAUACUCUCCUGUCAGUGGGAGAAGAUAGGGUUAUGGACUCAAAAACUACAGAGCUGCUAGAAAAGAAGAAUUAAUAAGAUGAACAUUUGUAUUCUUAGAUAAAUACGGAUGUUGUAUGUUAGCAUAAGUGGCCUCGACCAAAGUGUUACUAUCUCCAAAUUUCUGGAGUCCCUUGAUAAGUACUGUGUGACUUAAGCUCAUUUGGGACCAUGUUUUUAUAACUAGGCUAAGACUGGUAUUUUGAAGUAAUGAGUUGAUUUAACUGUUUAGUAAAAUGUGGUGUCUUAGAUAUUUAAAUAGGAAAUGUACAUUAACAUUUUCUGAUAAAUGGCUUAAUAUUUGCAAAUUUUUUGAAGGGCUUUAUUGACUUUAAUUUUAAUAUUUCUUUCAGCAUUGAAUGGAUUUUUUUGUUUUCAUACUGUUCCAUCCUUCUAGGGAACAUAAAAUGGAGCUAUUUCAAACACAAUUUAGAGUACAGCAUUUAUAGAUAACAUUACAAAUUUGUUUCACUCAU